AUGAAGCGUGCACUGAAGAUGAAGGACGAUGAUGGCUCCGACCUUACCACAACCGACACAACUAAAUCUACCAAAUCGAAAAAGGCCAGAAAAGAGAAGCUGCCCGAUAAUGUUUACAAGCCGGGCGAGGCCAUGCCCCGUCCGAAAUACCGUGGUCCUUAUAAUCAAGCACAUCAGGACAAAUUAUCAGCGUUUAGUUUUGGAGACGCGUGGAAGAGGAGGAAAAGUAGUGGGACGGUGGGAAGUGAUUUAAGUCCUAUGGGCAGUCGAAUCAUGAGCAGGAGGAAUAGCGCGUGGAGUAAGAAGAGUAAACUGGGGAGUAGGCAGAAUUCUGCUUUUGCUGGGGUAGAGGAGAGUGGAGAAGGGGAUGACGAUGUUGCCAACGUGGGACUAUCGAGGCAGCAUACAGCCGAGAAUCGGAGACCGAGGACAAACGAUAUUACUACAGAUAUGGCUGGCUUGGAGUUCUCGAAGACCAUUACGAACGGCGAUGUUCACGGCCUUGACACGCAGAAGACGAUUACGAAUGGACGACUGUUCACUGAAGAUGAACUGGCAAAAGCGAUGACGCAGAGCACUUUGAAGCCUUUAAGACAACAAGGAGAGUGA